UCGAGUUUGUAUUGGUGGUGAAAUGGGAAGUUAGCGGAGGACAAUUGUCGUCGUCCCCAAUCCAAUAUACACACAACCACAACCCAAAAACAAAAUUUUUGAUUACUUCUCUUCUGGUAUCACACCACAUCUUCGUCCUCAACCUCAAUUCUGUUGUAAACUUUGUUGUUCAUCUUUGAAACUUGGGACGAUUUUCUGCUUGGAAUUGACUAAGAAGGAUUGGAGUUUCUCGCUGCCAUUACUAAUCUAAAGAAGAAGGGAGAGUUUGCUGGUCCAAUUAGGGCUGGCAGCUGUGUGAUUUCCACCACGGCUCUUAGUAAAGAGACUUGUGCUAAGAAGAUUAAUAGGGGUAAACAAUGCAAGGAAACUGUUCCUAAGUUCUUGAUUGCAUCCCCUACGUUUCACGGUGGUCGUGGUGCCCUACCCUCAGCUGGUGGGCAUCCGGCGGAUCUUACCUUCCUUGCUGGUGGUGGUUGCUGAAAUUCGCAUUCGAACUUAUUUUUUGGAUCAUCUAUAUUUGUUAAGAAUACUGAAAUUUUUUGUGGGUAGUUUUCUUUCGGUUAACUAGUUCCUUUGUACAAAUAAUCUAUUUAAACAUGGUUGGGGUCAAGCAACUUGAAGAUGACCAUUUGUUGGCGAAAUCUAAGCAGUCAAAGUUGCCUCAGUUCCUUGAAGGUAUCAAAGUCCCUCUUUACCACUUUGGUAGCCAAUCUCUGAUGGAUCAUAAAUCAUUUGGAGAGGUUUCAUGCAUCUCUGAAGACGGAGAUAGCAUUUUAGACACUCUUCUUCUUUCCCAGUGGGAAGAUCGAGUGAUGAAAGGAAUCUUCCGAUAUGAUGUGACAGCUUCUGAAAUUAAGGCUGUUGAAGGCAGGAAAAAGUUUCUUGCUCAGUUGAAUGAAGAAUGGAUAUCGGAUCAUUUUCCAAAGCCAGGAGAGAACGAAACUACUUUCUAUCAAGAGGAUGUAUUUCCAUUCAAUUUCAUGAAACAGCAUGAUGAGCUACUUUUCUGUGUUGCAAGCAGCGAACAAACAAAUCCUGAAUUAAUUUCUUCAGCUGUUUUGCCUGACAAUGCCUUUUUGAUCUUUAUAAAUGCAUCUCCGGUGGAAUAUGGCCAUGUCUUGCUGGUACCAUAUCUCUCUAAUAGUUUUUACCAACUUCUGGAUGCAAACAUCUUGGAAAUGGCUGUCAGGGUUGCUGUUGAAAUAAAUAAUUGCUGUUUCCGGUUGUUUUAUGACUUUUCACCUGAUGCUUCUCAUCUACAUUUUCAGGCCUGCUAUUUUCCCAACCCUUUAGCUGUUGAGCUCAUGCCUGUUGAUACUAUUUUUGGUGACUUACAAAGUUGGAUGCACAUCUCAGUUGUUACCGAUUACUCAAUUAAGACCCUCCUACUCGAGAGCAAUCAGAAGUUUAAAAUAAUGAUGGAGGUUCUUGUCAAUAUUUGCUAUUGUCUACAGGAGUUGAGCAUUUUAUACAGUCUUCUGAUAUCUGAUUGUGGGAAAAAGAUCUUUUUAUUUCUUCAGAAGUCAAAAGACUCUUCCUCCCUUUCAGCUUGGGAGUGCGGAGGCUACUUCAUGUAUAAAUCAAGGUCAGAAUUCGAUGAGUGUACUGAGAAGACUAUUCUAAAACGCCUCAGCUCUGUAUCAAUCGAUGACGACGGUUUCAAAGCCGUGAAGCUGCUCUGUUGCAGCAUUGCAAGUAAAUUUGGUGUUUGAUUUUCGGACCUAUGGUCAGGAGGUUCAUGGCAAAAAAAACUGCUUCUAAAUAAAAGUCCUUGAUACUUCUUUCUAAUAUUGACAUGUAUUCAAGUUUCCAACUUGCUUAUGACUCCUUCAGUGUCUUGAAUAAAAUAAAAAACACAAUCAGAGAACUCUUCUGCCACUUAAUAAUAUAUAUUCAUGGUGAUUGAAGCAUUAUUCA